GAAGCUCACAAUGUAAUGUUUUUACACAAUCUGGUUGAAGUGAACUCUUUAUUAGAGGAGGGAUUUAUAAUGAAACUUGUAGAAUAAAAUGUUUCUGAUGAAAUAUCACAUUUUUAAUCUUAGUUUCGGUUACUUUCUCUAAUUGAAAGCAUCCGUCACAAACGAUGUGUUCAAGGACCGUCGGAACGAUGAAAAUCUGACGAUAAUGACAGUUUUUACAGCUUCUGGCUGAUGAACGAUAUAGUUUUGGCGAUUGUUUAAAGAAAACAUGCUUUUCCAUCCCACCGGUGGGUUCCUGUGUUCAGAGUGUUAAACGUGAUUGAGAACCUUUUAAAGAUAUUAUAGCGGUAGUGUUUAUCCUAUCAGGCUAUUGUAUUGAAGUGCACCAUACCCGUCUACAUGUUCUCAUGUCCACCUUGCAUACUAUUUCAUAGGUAUCAUCACAUAUAUGGAAGUGCCAGCUUCAUUUUCAAUCUCCUAAACAGACAAAUAUGUGGCUCAUAUUAUAGUGCUUUGUUUGUGUCGUGGGAGGUUUUCAUAGUUCAGUCUGGGUCACAGUUCAAGAUCAUUUUUUUUUAACCGUGCAGCUCACCAACAAAGGUCCAAGUUUUCUCUUUCUCUACUUCCAUUUUUAUUUUUAUUAACCAGGGACAGUGCACAUUAAUCAACAUUUUAGUUUCCAUCUCAAUGUAAAUGUCAUUUUCGUCGGGCAGGUUAUUACAAUUUAGUGGCCUAAUAUUAUCAGUACAAUUCAACAGCAAACACUGAAGUACAGCACAAUACUAUACAGUACAAUGAAAUAUGUAAAUACAUUACAAAAGUAGCAGAUAUGUAAAAACAAAUCUAUCUUAUCCUUGACUGAAAUCAUUAAACUGCACUUCCACCAUACAAGUCUACUAACAAGUAGCACACACUCCCAUUUGUUUCCACUCAAUAUGAUAUGUUGUGUACAUGAUGAGUUAAGUGGAAAGUACAGGUUCAUCAAUGGUGAAAUCUUAAGGUUGCUGUACAACUCAGCGUCUGCUCUGGAAUGUAGGAAGUAAGCUACUCUGUAAUUACCCCCUGGGCCCGCCUCUCCUGGCCUCUCAUUGGUUAGCGAGAGAGUGGAGGCCUCCGUCGUAGCCAAUGGCAAACUCCCACUUACUCCUUUGUUUUAAUGAAACGGAGUCUGUGCCAGUUGCUGGAAAAGCUCCGGGGCGAGAGAAUGGUUUUGGUGGUGACUGAAAAGAAUGAUCAGUUCCAGCAACCCCCAUCUCACACACACUCUUUGAAACGCAGCGAGAAGGCCUCGCCACUCACCGGGUGCCUGCGGGAGGGGGGAGGGGGGAGGGAGGGAGAGAGAGGGAGAGAGGGAGAGAGAUCUAAUGGACCUCACAUCUUUCUCAGGUUCUCCUCACAGUGGCAGGAUGUUGUAUCGUCAUAUUUCUCACGUACUUUGAGGUGUUAUCUUCUUCCUUUUUAACAUCGAACCAUGUUACUUUAUGAAUGUAUGGACCCAAAAUAAGUAAUUUAGCUGGGAUUUAAGUGCAAUAAAUGGAUCAAAAGGAUGCUGAAACAACGACAUAAUGAUGCCGAUUUGUAAAAUGUCUGAAUGGAUGCUCUGUUAGUUCUGUCCACAAGACGACAAGCAAAUAACUUUUAAAAUAGUUUUCUGUGUGGAUCGAUCGGUGCUAGGCUACGCUAACAUUGUAGCUGCUCCAUCAACUCUCAACAUAACACCAUACAGACGUAAAUAAGACAGCGUAGUUUUCAUUGUUUGUACCAUAUAGUUUAUACACAUAGUUUGGUCCGGUCUCUACUAACAUGAGGUGUCCUAGAGCUCUAUAGUUUGGGCCACUGAUACGAACAUGCUAUGUUCAACUUUAAUACAGCAAUUUUCCCAGAAAUGUCGCCAUAGACACCCAGUUCACAAUGCAAAUAUAUAAAUAUUGUAAUACUUUGAUCAGUGGGUCAUAGACUUAAUCACCAUUGUGUUACCUCCUUCAGCGAUAGAUAAUGACUCAACAGACUUUAAGUCAGUGCGGUCUGCAUUAUUACCUCUCUGCUGAGUGUCUGCUGAAGGAUUGAAGCUGCUCUCAGACAGACAGCAGUUGUCCUCUUGCCUCCAUUGUUUCUGAUGUAACCGUGACCUCAGCUGUGUGAUCACAGCCUCCACAGAAGCCACACAGACGGAAGUGAUGACUCAGCUCCUUUGACUGCUAUCCGUCUUUAUGAAGACAUGUCCAUGAAGAAAUAACUCCCUGCCGCCACGUCAUGAGAAAAUACAACUGUAGCUCAGUAAGUAACCAGUUACACGUUACUGUGUUUGUACGUUACUGUUCUAGGAGUUUGCGACGCUAACAAAGGAGGUGAACGUGUGCCGGGAGCAUCUUCUGGAGAAGGAGGAGGAGAUCGCAGAGCUGAAGGCGGAGAGAAACAACACACGGCUGCUGUUGGAGCACCUGGAGUGUCUGGUGUCUCGUCACGAGCGCAGUCUGAGGAUGACGGUGGUGAAGAGACAGGCUCAGUCUCCAGCGGGGGUCUCCAGUGAAGUGGAGGUCCUCAAAGCCCUCAAGUCACUGUUCGAACACCACAAAGCCCUCGACGAGAAGGUGAGAGAGCGACUACGCGUCGCCUUGGAAAGAUGCAGCACGUUGGAGGAGCAGCUCACCAUGUCGCACAAAGAAUUGUCUUACCUCAGGGAGCAGAGCGGCAUGAAGAGAGGGCUGGCAGACGGAACCAGUGAGGUCAACCACAACUCUGAAAACACACCGAGCACUAACGGCAAGCGGUCGUCGGACGGCUCUCUGAGUCAGGAGGAGGAGUUGGGUCUGGGCUUUGUGAAGGUCAGCGAGCUCCAGGACGUGGUGGACCGUCAGACGUCUGAUCUGGGCCAGAUGAAGGAGCGCAUGGCCGCUAUGGUGUCACGCAUCAACGAGCUGGAGGAGGACUUGGACACGGCCCGGAAGGACCUCAUCAAGUCCGAAGACAUGAACACGCGGCUCCAGAGAGACCUGAGAGAGUCGAUGGCUCAGAAGGAGGACAUGGAGGAGAGGAUCACCACGCUGGAGAAGCGCUACCUGGCCGCUCAGCGGGAGGCCACCUCAGUCCACGACCUCAACGACAAGCUGGAGAACGAAGUGGCCAACAAGGACUCUCUCUACAGACAGACGGAGGACAGAAACCGGCAGCUCCAGGAGAAGCUGGAGCUGGCGGAGCAGAAGCUGCAGCAGACCAUCCGCAAGGCGGAGACUCUGCCCGAGGUGGAGGCAGAGCUGGCUCAGAGGGUGGCUGCCCUCACCAAGGCAGAGGAACGACACGGCAAUGUGGAGGAGAGACUGAAGCAGCUGGAGGCUCAGCUGGAGGAGAAGAACCAGGAACUGCUCAGGGCACGGCAGCGAGAAAAGAUGAACGAGGAGCACAACAAGCGUCUGUCGGAGACGGUCGACAAGCUCCUCUCGGAGUCCAACGAGAGACUCCAGCUUCACCUCAAAGAACGGAUGUCUGCUCUGGAGGACAAGAAUGCCCUGAUCAGAGAACUGGAGCACACCAAGAAGCUGAUUGAGGAGUCUCACCAUGAGAAGGAGCAGCUCCUGAUCCAGAUUGAGACCAUGAGGGCGGAGAGCGAGCAGGGGAGGAGCCGGAGUAACUCCUUACUACACGGACGGUCUCAGCUGGGCAGCACUCCAGAUUUCAGGUACCCCGUGUCUGCUUCCUCCAUGAUGGACAGUAACUCGGACCACUACGGCAGCGCUCUGGUGCUGAGGCGGCCUCAGAAGGGGCGCAUGGCGGCGCUCCGGGACGAGCCGUCCAAGCGACAUGUGCAGACUCUGAACGAGCAGGAGUGGGAGCGCAUGCAGCAGGCCAACGUGCUGGCCAACGUGGCCCAGGCCUUCGAGAGCGACAUGGACGCCUCGGACCUGGAGGACGAUCGAGAGACCAUGUUCAGCUCGGUGGACAUGCUGUCCCCUGGUGGCCAGGCGGACGCACAGACACUCGCCUUAAUGCUGCAGGAGCAGCUGGAUGCCAUCAACAAUGAAAUAAGAAUGAUCCAGGAGGAGAAGGAGAACACAGCCAUCCGGGCGGAGGAGAUUGAGUGCCGGGUGGGCAGCGGCGAGAGCCUGGGAGGACGUUUCCGCUCCAUGAGCUCCAUCAACCCGUCACUGUGUCCGGGCUCCUCGCUGGGCGGCUCUCCUCCAGGCUCCGGACACUCCACCCCCAGACGCAGCCCCAACAGAGAACUGGACCGCAUGGGCGUCAUGACCCUGCCUAGUGACCUGCGGAAGCACCGCAGGAAGGUAAACUAGAGCGCUGCUGUAGUGUGAUCCUCAAUGUUCAGCGUCUUCAUCUCAUCCAGUGCGACGCUAAACUCCUCCGCACGCUCACAAAUAGCACCUUCCACAUCCAGAGGUGUUCACACCUUUAGUGGCAUUAUUGUACUUCCCUCGGCCACCGUGUGCUUUAGGUCUGCUGUUCUAUUCUGGAGCUGAAACGAUUAGUUGAUUAAUUGCUCGGUCGAUCAAGAGAAAGUUCAUAUGCAACAAAUUUUGAUAAUUUAUUAUUUGUUUGAAUAUUUUUUUCAAGCAGAAAGAGUUUCUCAUUUGCUGGUUUUUGCUCAUCAGAUGUUUAAACAGCGUUUUAUAUACGAGUCAAAUGAGAAUUUUGGGUUUGGAUAAAUUCUGCAAUUUGUAACAUUAAAUCCGGUUCAAAACGUCUUAACCCUAAAGAGGACAGAAAGCCAUCAAUUAAAACAUUAAAAUGAUAUUCCAUUUUCACUGAGUUAAUGUUUUACAUCAGUCCCGAUCAUAACUACCAAACACUCAUUCAUUCUAAGAACUUUACCCCUUUAAAUUCCAUGACGUUACAUAAUGUCUGUGUCAAAAUAAAACACAAAAACUUAAUUAUUUUCUGUAAAUGAUCAUUUAUCUUCUCAAACAUUAGAAACUCUCUCAAAUCUGGUGGAAAAUAGUCAAAACUAAAAUGUGAAACCAGGACUCUAGAUUUAAAUAUAACAGAAUUCAUGAUCUCGUUCUGAUUAACGGCUGUAGGGUAACAUGAUGGUGCUUUGAUGGGUUUAAAUGUGAGUGUCUGUAUGUUGACGGCUCUUUAUUAUAGACUUAUUACAGGAAGGUUGAACUAAAAAAAAAACAAACUGCAUUAACCGCACAAUUAAAGAUUAAAAAGCCCCGAAGUGAUGCAUCAGAGUUUACAUAUAUGACAUAAUAAUACAUAUUUGGAGAUGCAUAGAAAGUCACCCUGACAGUAUUUUAAUUCUACAUUUUUACAAAUCUAAUAUGUCCCGAAAAAGUAUAGAUAACAUGGAACACAGAAAACAUUUUAAAUCCAACAUUAGGUGAAACUGGUGAGGAUGUCGUGGGUCAGUUGGUCUCACCCAAUGAGCAACGCUGAAGCUGCUUCUAUGGUCCUGCUAUCGUGUAGUAUUUACAGUUAACUACCCCGUAUCAGUAUAUUGUGUGUGUGUGUGUG